AGCGAGUUACGCCAUCGACGUCUACAUUUGCGCCCAAACAAUGUGGUGAUAACACUGUUACUGCUACUACUACUUCCAAUAUAAAUGGCAAAAAUUCAGCAGAAGCUAAGGCGCCAGCAACAGCAGUAGCUAGCAAGAAUGAUUACACCUCUAUGGUGGCCAUAAAAACCGCCACAGUCUCUUCACGCUUGCCGGGUCCCAGCAUAUUAAAGGCUAGUAAAACAGCCGACAAUGGCAAGCCUCCGCCGGAGAAAAGCCCCAGCAAACAGCCUUUAAUACAAGCGGAGCUAAGACCCAAUGAUAGUGUGGUCUCAUUUCUAAAUGAAAAGACCUCGACUUUAAAAUCCAAAGAUUUUAAUGAUAAAAUAACCAAAGUAACUGCCACAAUAGUGUUGCCCACCACAACAGGGCCCACCACCACUACAACAACUACAACACAAUCUAAAACUCUAACAACCACAACCACAACGACAGCGGCGACAAAGCGAGUAGUUGCUGGCACAGCUGAAAGUGGACGAGAACUUAAAAGCUUAACCACCUUUGCUACCACCACAACUAAACCUACCAUUACCGAUAUAGUAAGUACAAAACCAGCUGUUAGCACCACCAUGGCCAGCAUUGCCGCAAGCAGUAAUGUACCACCCACUACAACCACAUUUGCGGUUACAAUGUUGCCUUCGGUCACCACAACGGCUACAAAACCCACAGCCAUGAUAAGUAAAACCACAACAACACCUACAACUCUAGCUGCAACACUAGCUACAAAAACACAAACCACAACAGUGGCUACAGUAGCCAACUGUAUAACGAAACCUCCAACUUCCACGACGACGAUGACGACUACAGCUACAACAGCUGUAUCAACAAAAUCAAAUGAUCAAAUUAUAAAUAAAACAAGUGCUGCCAUUAAAACUACAACUUCAGCUACAUUAGCUACGGCAAAUAUGAAACCUACUACUACAGCAAUUGUAGUGAAUAGUAAUAAUAAUAAAUUGCCUGCAACUAGUAUAAACGUUAAAGCUUAUACCACAGCAUCGGCUACAACAGCAGCAGCAGCAGCAGUGACAAAUCAAACCACAACUACAGCAGUUAAGCCACAAACUGUAUUAAGCUCUAUAUCAUUAGCAAAAACAACGGUUUUAACAAAACCACAAACUACAACUACAGCAACAACAGCAGCCUCAGCGGCAAAACCACAAACUGUAGUAAGCACAACUUCAUUAGGUAAAACAACAGCAACUACACAGGCAGCUACAAAAGCUGACACUACAACUUCCAGCACCAAACCACAAACUCCAACAACAGUCCCACUCACUACUACAAAAACUCACACCACCAAACCACAAACUCCAACGACUGCCGCAAGCUUAGCGGCUAAGACAACAAUAGCAGCCACAAUUAUGACAACUUCUGGAGCUAAACCACAAACAAUAUCAGCAGCAAAAAUUACCACAGCAGCAACCACAAAACCACAAAUUGCUGCACAAGUAACAAAACCUAGUACUACCACAUUAAGCACAAGUGUUACUUUAGCAACAACUACACAAAAUAAUGCAAAAUCUCCAACAACUUCCACAGCAAAAACCUUAACGUCUUCAAUACAACAACAACAACAAAAAGCUGUAACUACAGCAAGCGCUACAACGGCUGCAUCAUCAUCAACCACUGUCACCACAUCAUCCACUACAGCUACAAAAGCUUCCAAUGUGCCAACAAAAAUUGCCAAAACUACAGUUGUUACAGCUAAUGAGAAACCCAUUAGCACCACAACAAUACAAAAACCAACAACAUUAGCUAUUAACCAGCAACCAGCCACUACAAUAACUUCCUUGGCAACAUCAUCCUCAGCCACAACGGCAACAGCAGCUACUACAAAACAAAUACCACCACCUAUCACCACCACAACAGCAACAACAACAAAAACCUCAACGUCAUCCACAACAACAAUACCCAAAACUACAAAGUAGUUUUGUAACUAGUUGAAAUUUAAUAAUUACUUUACUGUAGCUGACAACAAAUAUUCGACACAUAACGAAAGCGGUUGCAAUUUUAAACGUUUAAAAGUAAGUUUAUAUAAGUUUGUUUUUUAAAAAAAUAUAUGAAAUAAAUCAACAUUUCAACACGUGAGUAUUUGAGUUUAAACCUAAAUUAAAUUAAAAUUAUGUAAUAAGA